AUGAACAAGUUGCCAUGGCAGUGGGUUUGCUCGAUCUACCAAGCCAAGGCCGCCGCUGUGGUUCAUAAGUUGGCCGUGGCCCGAAUGUGGAUAGACAUAGGCGUUCUCGGGAUAAGAAUCUUUUGGAAGAUUACUUUAUCCCAAAUUAUGUGUACUCUAAUGUUGAUUUUCGAGGGCGAUGUGGAUGAGAUUGCUAGGAUGGGGAAGUCUACUACUCUAGAGAGCUUGGUCAGAUUCUGUGAUGCAAUCGAAACUCUCUACACUAGGGACUACCUCCGUAAACCUACGCCUAGGGACCUCCAAAGGUUUCUACAGAAAGCCGAAGCUCGAGGUUUUCCAAGCAUAAUUGGAAGCAUUGAUUCUAUGCAUUGGCAAUGGAAGAAUUGCCCAACUGCCGGGCAAGGAGAUUAUAGAAAUAGGAAAGGGCAAAAAAGUCAAUCCCCGAUAUUCAACGAUGUCUUGAGAGGUGAAGUCCGAAUAUCACAUGAAAUCAACAGUAUCACAACAUCUACCCGAGGUGGACCACAUUUGUCAAAUCAAUUCCGCAUCCCCGAUCCAAGAAGGAAAAAUUACUUUUUGCCUAUCAAGAGGGUUAUAGGAAAGAUGUUGAAAGGUGUUUUGAUAUCCUCCAAGCUCGAUGAGCGAUUAUUAGGGGUGCUGCGUGAUAAGUAUGAUUAUGAUGCUCUAGACGUGUUUGAAUCAGAUCCCAUGAACACAAUCUUGACAAGAAUUUAUGAAAAUCCCAUGUGCUCAAAUGGACAACCACUGGAGUAUGAACUGUUGGUUAGGGACGGUCAUUUCAUGAACCCUAUGAUUGAUUGA